AUGUCUCAGUUAGGCUUUACUCAAGCGGCCCAGGUCACCUCGGCGACCGGUCCUCGCACGAGACGAGCAGAGUCCAGCCGCUCGCUUCCGAAAAACAGGUCUGACCGGUACCCAAGACAAAAACAUCGCCAUGCAUGUGACGAGCCAGCCUUCGAGGAUAUCGCUGCUGAAGCCCCGCAGGCACUUUUCAACAGCUGCAAUUCUGUGACAGAACCAGGAAAAACGUUCCCCGCGGAACUAUGGAGGACCAUCUCCCUUGAGUACUUCCUGAAAGACUGCUCUGGGAAUUCUCCGCCGGGGUCAGCGGGUGUAGAUCUGAGCCCCCGUGACGUGCGAGAGCUUCUCCAGGAGGCCGAUGAUGAGUUCGAGCCGGAUGGGAAUCACUACUCCUCGGCAGCACUUCCGGGUCUCUUGGUCAUUGACUGCUUCUCGAUGCGCGUGGUUGCUGCAGAGCCGGGCUGUGAGUACGUGGCGCUGAGCUACGUCUGGGGCUCGAAAGCAAGUGAAGACGAGGACAACACGUUCGAGUCGGACCUACACGGGCGUCGUCUCCCACAGACAAUACAAGACGCCAUAAACGUCGUCCGGGUGCUUGGGAAGCAGUUCCUGUGGGUUGACCGGUACUGUAUCAACAGCACGGAGCCAGGGACAAAGCACUUUAUGAUCAGCAACAUGGACGCCAUAUACGAAGCAGCCUCCCUGACCAUAAUCGCGGCCUCCGGAAGCGAAGGCGCCCACGGCCUGCCCAGCGUGUCCGGUCUAUCCAAGGCAUCAGGGGAGGACCACGUGCCCCCGUGGGAUGGCCUCGUAUACGCGAGGCUCUCCCACCUGUGCCUCGAAUCGUACGUGCGCCUCGGGCAGAUCGAGACGUCCGUCUGGUCAACACGCGGGUGGACAUACCAGGAAGGCCUCCUCUCCCGGCGGCGCCUGGUCUUCACGGACGACUGGGCGAUCCUGCAGUUCAGAGGGGAGGACCGCGUGAGGGCGAGCAGCGGGAUAUUCGCCCACAUCAACGAGUACACGAGGCGCAACCUGACGUACCCGUCCGACUCGCUCAACGCCUUCCGCGGGAUCCUCAGGGCCUACGAGAGGCUGCGCCCGGCGGCGGUGCAUGUCUGGGGGGUCCCGUUCCUCCUCGGCCCCGAUGGUGCUAUAAGGCAGCCCGGCUACGGCCUGCUCUGGAGCGCCAACCGCAGGGGGGCCUUGCGCCGCGUCCCGGGGAUGCCCUCUUGGACGUGGGCUGCUUGGAUCUGGUCUGAUAAUUUUACCGCGAAGUGGGACUUCGAUUCGCGACACUUCCCCGUCGGACCCUAUCACUGGUUGGUAGAGAGGGCACGCUCGCGGGGAGAGUCUCACUCUGAGACGUCUUGGGGACCCAGCGACAUAUCUUUAGAGAUCGUGGUCGGCUCGCAAGUCUUGGAUAUUUCUGAUCAUUUUCGCCGGGGUCCCGGACUGUCAUUUGGCAGCGGUCCAGAGCCGGCGCCCAUUCUCUACCUUACCGCUUGGUCCACGACCGUCACUGCUUUUGUUUCGCCGGGGAUGCCCGUGUGGCUAGAAGGAGGCGGCAUACGGACAUUCAUCAUGACGUUGGACCAGACGGCCGAGAACCUGUGCGCAGGCAAAGCACGAGUAGAUGGGCGCUGGGUGUGUGAAUGGACUGCGGCGAUGAUCUGUUGGGGCAUACGAUUCCCAACGCAAUGCCUAUUGUUGGAGCGGGUGGGCGAGGAUACUUUCCGCAGAGUCGGAGUUUUGGAGACAGGAUGGAACAAUCCGGAUGCUGACAAGGAUGAGAGAUUUAGUGUGCUGUCCCGGGGCUUUGUUCGGAAACGUUUUUGUAUUGUGUAGAAGGCCUCAGAUCGCAUGGUUAGACAGUGGCAUCUGGCUUCUCACGCAGGUGUGGUUGCAAACACGAGAAUCGGAUCGAGGACGAGAAUGUAAGUGCAUGUCCA